UCUGUGUCUGUGUUGUUUCCUCCUCAGAUUCUCAGUAAUAGGAAAGGUCUGCUGCCAGAGCCAAACUUGGCCCAGUUGCUGACCAGUAUGACCAACCCGGCCGCCCUGCAGAUCCUCAUGAGACCGUACCACACUGGGAAAAGAGGAGGGAAGUAUGGGCGUCACAGCAGCCUGCCUUUCCUGCGACCUCCACUCACCACAGCGCUGCUCACACUGGGAAAAGCUCACCAGAGUGCCAUGCUCGGAAACGGACUAGUCCUUCAGAACCUGUUACACAUGCAGCUCGCACAGCAGCAGCUUCUUCACAUCAAAGACAAACGCAUCACUAGUGUCUCCAGUCUGCUCGGGGAUCCAUCCAGGCUGCUGAUGCAGAAAGCGUUGUCUCUGCGGCCUCCAGGCCUCGUGUCACUGGGGAAAGGCCUCCUGGGAGAUUCCCCUACAGAUUUGAGCCAGGAGUCCGUGCCUGUGUCGGCCCACAAUGCCACAGUGGUGGUGUCAGCAGCAGGUAUGAUGCCAUACCUCCAGGGUCGAGCUGGAGCGGGAGAACAAAACAGCACCCAUUCUAUCUCCACAACGCCCUCUGCUUCCUCCACCUCUUCCACUUCCUCCUACUCCUGUGACAGACAGCCAGCUCCUCCAGGGACCAUGGUGGCCUCCCAGCUGCAGGGACAGAGCUACUCCUUGGGUAUAAGUAACUCCGGCCUCGGCCCACCUCCCCCUAAACCUCCUGGAGGAGUUUACACAUCAUCAGGCCAGCACACCAGCGUAGAUGCUUGUACCCUGGCUAACAUGGUCAGCAGUGGUCAGAGUUCUCUGUUGGGAGAUCCUCCUAAAGAAGUCCGCCUGCCCUCUAAUCCUUACCUGAACCUGGCCAGUGUAAUGCCAGGAGUCGUUCUGCAAGGGACGGUUGGGAGUAAAGCACAGGGAAGACAGGCCACCUCUGGAGUUUACAGCAGCUCAGUUGCUCCUGUUGUGUCUCAGGGCUCCGGUUCCUUCUCCCACAGCGUUGCUGCUACAACAAAUGCUCCGUACAGCACUGACGCCUCCGCCGACUACAGUCAGUACAACCAGGCCUACACACAGGAGGCCAUGCAGCAGUGGUACCAGCACUACCAAGCAGCACAAGCUCACACCUAUAGCACGGCUCCUCCCCAGGACAGCACGGCCACAGACUACAGCAAGGAGCACAUACAGCCUCCUCCAGUGACGACCUACGGGGAUUACAGCUCCUACAUGCAGGCGGUCACUCAGUACUACUCCCAACCUGCAACGGCCAACCAGGCCUACGGCAGCAAGGAGGUGGAUGUGUGUAAGCCUCUAGGAGUUUCCCUGCACGCAGUCAGUAACGGUGCGGCUCCUCCGCCGGCUGUCCUCCCAGCUGCUGCUGUGCUCCCGGCCUACAGCACCCUGCCAUUGAUGCCUGGCUUCCUCGGGGCUCCACACCCGGCGGCGGCCACUCCAAACCCAGUCGCGCACACACACAGCGCCGCCACAGACUGGAACGCCUACUACUAUAACCAGACGAGGGGCCACAAGAGAGAGUAUCCUCAGCUGGCUGUGCAGGAAGUGACAUCAUCAGAGGGCGCCUACAUCGGUCAACACUCGCAGGGCCUGGGCGGCCAGUACGCCGACUACUUUAAGAGGAAGAGGCUCUAGUAUGAACCAAACACCCUGAAGCCUAAAGCUUAUGGAGGGAGCCCACAAACGGUGUCUGCUGGAUGUCACAGCUCCCUCUAGUGGCCUUUUUGUGGCUGCCAUUUUGCAUCCCUACAGUAGGUACUGUAUUAAUAGAAAAUAGGGUUGCAAGUGGCUUAAAAGUUAAAAUAAGCCAUAGUGCUCUUCAAAUCUGGCAUUUAUGUACACACACAUAUUCUUGUACAGCAAUCUUAGUGAGGACACUCGUAGACAUAAGCCCCUUAACUUAACCCUAACCCCUUAACGUAACCCUAAAGAAGCCCUUUAACAUUUUGAGGACCAGCCAAAAUGUCCUGACUUCCUUUGGUUUAUACAUUAUUAUUUUUUUGUCCUCACAAAGAUAUGCA